GGGCUGCUGAACAGGAUGCAUGCGGUGAAUCUCGGGAGACGGCGGAGCAGCAGCCUGUGUUCAGCCAGGGGAUCAGGCUCACAGGGGGCCAUUGAGGCGCAGAUUUCAGCUACAUUUAAAAUGAACGUGCAAGGGUUUAUGACCAGCACUAGCGUUUGUAGCCUGCUGCAGCAGGAGCCCCUUCUCCUGGUACCCCCGGAGCUGUCUCGAGAAGCUGGGAGCCAUGACCUGACUCGAAAAAGCAUCAUAAAGAGAGGGCAGCAGUCUAAAUAUUCUCCUGAGCUGGAAAAACCCAAACCCACCUGGGAACAGCCCAGCUCCUGCCUGCAGUCACUAACAUCAAAAGUGAAAGCAGACUCCAAGUUUGGGAAGCUCUUUGACUUCCGUAUGCCAGUGCUGAUGUGGGACCGUCACCUAACCUCAGAGACAUGGAACAAGCUGAAGGAGCGUGGUGUCCCUUAUGGCUGGCAGGGCUUGUCCUACACAGCUAUUGCCUCCACCCUCCGUCUCCUCAAUGACUCUGCCAACAGAUGGCUGAUUGACAGAGCCAGCUUCCCCGGAGACUGCAUCCGCUGUGCCGUGGUUGGGAAUGGAGGGAUUCUCAAUGGAUCCCGGCAAGGCAAGGAGAUCGACGCGCAUGACUUCGUCUUUAGGCUCAAUGGAGCUGUGACCAAAGGCUUUGAGGAAGAUGUUGGGACCAAGACCUCCUUCUACGGCUUCACAGUGAACACCAUGAAGAACUCUCUCAUUGCUUACAGGGAGUACGGCUUCACCCAGGUACCCCAGUCCAAGGAACUACAUUACAUUUUCAUCCCCUCGGACAUGCGCGAUUACACCAUGCUGAGGUCGGCCAUCCUAGGCAGCCCGGUCCAAGACGGUUUGGACAAGGGUGAUGAACCAUCAAAAUAUUUUGGACCAGAGGCAUCUGCAAAGAAGUUCAAGCUGCUGCACCCAGAUUUCAUGCAUUAUCUAACAGCAAGGUUUUUGAGGUCGGAUAUAAUCAAUACACAAUACGGCUACCUCUACAUGCCCAGUACUGGUGCCCUCAUGUUGCUGACAGCCCUUCAUACCUGUGACCAGGUCAGUGCCUAUGGAUUUAUCACCGACAAUUACAAGAAUUUUUCAGACCACUACUACGAGCUGGAGAAGAAGCCUCUGGUGUUUUAUGCCAACCACGACAUGCUGCUGGAGGCUGAGCUCUGGAAGAGCCUGCAUCGGGUGGGCAUCAUGAAGCUGUACCAGCGAUGAGGCAGGCUGGUAGCUUAUAGGGACAACUUCCCUGCAUUUGCUGGAUGGAAAGAAAGCAUUCUUCUCCUCUUUCCCAUGGGGUCCCUUCUCCCCUUCUGAGGCUGUCAAGAACUUACAGGCAAAUGGGGCCUAUUCACUCAUUGCCAACCCUACAAACUGAAGUAGACGAAUUGCCUCGACUCAUUCUUCAGGUCCAGGGUGUGGGCUGGAGGGCUUUACUUCGAGGCUUCAGAAGCAGCAAAGCAACUGUGGCCGACUCUGCUUAGGCCUUUUUGGCAUUUGGCUGGAGACAACAGAAUCUGGAGCUGCCUUUGCCACAGUGGAAAGCUAUGCCGUUUCUCCCAACGCACCCAAGAUGAAGUGGGCAAGAGCUGCCAACAGCUGUCAGGGUGCAUCUUCUGCUCAUCUCCCAAGCGACUGUGAUGGCACCAAGUGGGGAUGCUGGAGGGUCCCAUUACUCCCCUUCCUGUUAUACACUGCCUUCCCUCAGCACACAGCUUCCAGCUGGAAAAUGUGCUGCCCACCAUUGCCUCCUGCCCAUGAACAGCAGCUUCCUUCAGGACUCAAGAUAGCCCCAGCCCUAUUUCCUUCUGCUUUUAAACUCUUCCCUCCACCCUUAGUGUAAUGCAUCACGACACCACCCUCCACAGCUGAAGACAGCCAGGUGGAACUUGUGGAUAUCGCAGGUAGACAGCCAAAGAGCAUUACUGCUGGGCAUGGGGAAGCCUUAAUACUAUAGUCAUCUAUAACCCCUCAUCUCACACUCAUGCUCCACUUCCUCAGUGGAACUCCAUUCUUCCACCUCGCUCACCAGCACAGCACAAGGUCUGACCGCUUCAGCCCUUGUUUAGCUUGUCACUCCAUGUUGUAGUCAAAGGUGAUGGAGUUUUUACAGGUAAAUUGCAGCAACCCUGCCCUCUGCUAGCUGGAACCUCAGAGGCAGAUUGGGGUGGGUGGACUUGUGUAAGGUGGGUGAUAGAAUCACAAGGCAGCAAGUGCCUUAUUUGCAUUUCAAAUUAAUGGUGCCUCUGGGUAGAGUAAAGAAGAACCUACUUCUUUUAGAGAUAUAGGAGGGGACCUGCCACUCCAUUGGGUAAGACAAAACCACCAUCAAAUUUCAUUUGAAAACAAUUAGGCAACAGAAGGAUAGUGGGAGGGGGUGGGAUCUUUAACCCUUAAAGCCUUAUUGUCAGAUAAUUAAGUGUAAAUAGGACACAUCAGAUCUGCUACAAGUAAGUUUAUGUGCUACAGGAAUGCUGCAAGGGCUAGGGAUAGAUGGAUGGGUGCGAAAGGACAAUGGGGAGAGAUGAAGUGUAAUUUGAAACAUUUUCCCACUUUGUAUAAUUGCAUAAAUGUUGAAUGAUCUUU